AUGGACGAGGAUAUGACGGACCCCUUUGCAGAAUUUGAGAUGGAUGUGAUAGAGAAGCUCAACUUCUUCCUUGACAGCUGCUUUGAGCCUGGUAAGGCUGUUAACGAUGGUGUACGCAAGGAGAAGUGCAACUCCAGCGACUCUCUACUCCAUGGUCAGUCUCUGUAUGGCCCCUGGCCCGAGGACGUCUGGAAGCAGCUGGAAAUUCGUCAACGACAGCGCGUUACCGACGGGAAAGCCAAGCUGAGCUCCCUGACGGUCGAUGAGCUUUCUCAGUUCAAGAGGUACUGGUACUCCCAGCCUCGUGCUUUCAACGAGGGGUAUCUCUUUCUUCGACUGAGGCUGGAUCAUGACAAUGCCAAAUCUAUAAGCGACAGGGAUGCCGUCUUCUAUACCCCUGAGCUCCUGGACAGCGAGUCUGCCGUCUGUAGCGAUGACCUCAAGGCUGCUGAGGAUUCUGCUUACCGGGACGACGGCUUCAAGAGCCACGGAGACAUCCACGAUGACAGUGACGAAGAUAUUCACGACGACAGUGACGACGACAUGGUCAUGGAUGAGGGGGAAGAUUAUGAUGACGACCAGCAAGGCCCCCUGAACAACUCAGAACAGGGAACAAAGCGCUCAAACUCGAAUUGGACCACAGGAUGGAAGAAAUAUGUCUAUUCCAUGGAGGAGGACGAAUCCAUGUCGCCUCGAGUACGACGAAAAGUCAUUGUCGCUUCCACCUCGGUUCUGUUUCUGGACAUCAUCUCCCACGCAAUCCGCCAAAAGUCCAAUUACAACUCGGGCAGAAACCCUGUAACUUUUCGAUAUGACGGCUCGGUCCAUCCCAACGUGAGGGCGACUGCCACAGACUUUCUGAACCGGCCUGUCGAUGUGUCUAAAAGGGUCGAGCUCCUCGACGCCUUGAGCGCUACCGACGAUGAGAGAGAGAGAAAAAGGCUUCUUUUCAACCUUGACCAUGCCGAAGGCUCCCGCAUCCUCCUCCUGGAUGCACAUGUUGCCUUCCCUGGUCUGAAUCUGACUGGCGCCUCGAGGAUCAUCUUUUGCGAGCAGUUUUGGACGCCAGGCCUGGAGGAAAAGGUCAUCGGAUGUAUCCAGAGGUUCCCUCAGGAGAAGCCGGUGCACGUCUAUCAAUUCUUUGAUGAGAUGUCAGACAUCGAUCUCCUUGUGAAGGACAUGGUUGGGGACAAGCAUGAGCCCACCCAAGAUGCCACUGCCUUCUUCACGCGACUGGACACGGAUGUCGUUCAAGUUCCCGACGUUCCAACUCGCGAGGAACAUGCUCUGGCCCUUGAGGAGCUCAGCGAGAAUAAGGCGGCGGUUUGA